ACUACCUUAGAGAAUACUCAGAGGCAUUGAGAGGAUGGCGGUGGAAAUACAUCUCCCAUGCUGCUUCGCUCUCAAGUCGAAGCGCCAUGAGAGCUACCUUCGUUAUGUUCACGAGGAAGGAGACGAGACGACCAACGGGCAGCUGCAGCUCAACGGCGAGGACGCCGUCAACCCCUUCACCAGGUUCGAUUCCGAGCCGUCGCUGCUGCACGAAGGUAUGGUUCACAUUCGAUGCCGCUACAACCGCAAGUACUGGGUGCCUCGUCAGCGUGGCGGCGGCUGGUGGAUCGCCGCGGACGCCCAUGAGCCGGAAGAAGACAUCGACAGCGCCAACUGCACCCUCAUCAAACCCAUCAUCAGUGUCACAGACUCCAAGUCCAAGGCCAACGAUGACGAUACUACUACUGGAGCCGCCAUGACCGUCAGGUUCCUCCACGCUGGCCAUGGCAAAGACACGCGCAUGACCUUCUCCAUGGACCGCGGCACCGCCGCCUGCAUGCGCGUCCGUGAGAGCGAUGCCAAGGAAGAAGAAGAAGAAGAAGAAGAUGGUGGUGACGACUUCACCGUCCUCAACCUCUCCAGCAGCCCCAGGAGGCUACCAAGGUUGGUGGUGUUCAAGGGCGACAACAACCUCUACUUGAGCGGGGUGACGAUCAGUGGCCGCAACUACCUGCAGUUCUCAGCGCGCGACCCCGGCGACCCCACGGUGGCGCACGAGAUAACCUACCCCGGCAGCAACAACAGAAUGCACCUGCGCAACAUCCACCACAACAUGAUGUGGGGGUUUCGCAGCAUCGAUUCAGAGUGGGUCUUGGCCAACAUCGCCCCUACUCAGGCGGGGGGGCUCAACUCCAUGUUCCAGGCCGUGGAUGUCAAGGACUACUUCGCCCUCAGCAACUCCUCCUCCGGGGUCACACGCUACCUCAGAAGGAGGACGAGUGGCGGCAUCACCAACUGCCUCAACGGCGGCUCCACGAGCAGGGGCAUCACCGCCGACGCGCGGAUCAGGGUGGAGGAGCCCGUCCUUGACCGGGAGAUCUACAACGUCGAGUACAGGCUGAACAAUGUCAGGAUCUACGAAACCAGCGUCAUCACCAUGGCCACCACGGCCGCCGUCAAUGACACCUCCAAGGAGAACAUCAAGACGCUCACUCUCGCCUACGAGGAGUCCGAGUUGAGCACCUGGGACGCCACCCUCGAGCUCAAGCUAGGGUACAAGUCCAGGCUCCGAGCCGGGUUCCCAAAGCUCGGCCUCGGUGCCACCGUCAACAUCUCCGCCGAGUUCUUCGGGGCCUACAACUGGGCCGAGACCAUGGAGAAGAAGGUGAGCCAUGAGGUUGAGUACGAGGUCACCGUGCCUCCCAAGACCAAGGUAACCGUCAGACUCAUCGCGACGAGGAGUGCCAUCGACGUCCCCUUCGACUACCAGCAGAGGGACGUCAUGUCCACCGACGGAAAAGCUCGGGUUGUUAGCAGGACGGAUGGCCUCUACACUGGCGUCAACAGCUACAACUUCAAGUUCCAGACCACGGAGGAGAAGCUCAAGCCAAGGCUUUUGGCCACAACCCCUCCUUGAGUUCUGUAUACGUACAUGUAUGGGACGUACUAAUAAAUAAAGUCCAUAAAACGAGUGCCGGGUCCCAAUGUGUUUCCAAAGUUUUCCAGUGAGUUGUACUAAUAAAAAAAUAAUCCAAA